GUUACCGGAAGCAGUGAGUUAUCUCCCCGUGCCCCAGUUAUGGUCGGUGUUGGUCUUCCUGAUGAUGAUGACGUUAGGCCUUGAUACAACGGUACCGAGUUUAGAGAUAACACAGGAGACACUAGCUGACCAGUUCCCUUCACUGGCCAAGCGGCGGUGGCUUCUCCUCCUGAUCGUGUUUCUUCCUUGCUUCCUUCUGGCUCUUCCCUAUACUACUCAGGGUGGUAUCUACGCCCUGACCCUCGUAGACUGGUACUCAUCGGUGCCCCCCGUGAUGCUGUUUGGGGUGGUGGAGUGUCUAGUGCUGGCCUGGGUGUUUGGUGUGAGGAGACUGGACAAGUGUACGUUGGAGAUGUAUGGACAGACCAUUCCAAAGUGGCUGGCGUUCCUCAUGAAAUACAUCACACCUGGGCUUCUCACGACUAUAUUUCUGUACGCCUUCUACGAGUACCGUCCUCCAAAAUACGGUGACUACUUCUACCCUGAAUGGGCUACUGUGAUUGGCUGGCUUAUAUCUCUCUUCAUGAUUGCACCUACGCCUUGCUGGAUGGUGUACUGUGUAUGGAAGUCGGAAGGGGACACAUUUAAACAGAAAUUGGUGAACGCAUUCAUUCCGGAAGAUGUACCAACGGAUAUACCAAUAGACGACAUACGUGGGGAGCAAGAAGCGCUCAAAGCAGUCGACACGUCCAUGUCAACCCAUCCUCUAUAACCCAGUGUGAUAUAUCUCAAUUCGGUCAUGAUCAAUAUCCUGGACCCAUUCGCUACCAUAUCUUCGUUUAGGAAGGGACGUCACCAUACCUCUUAUGAGUAACUGCCCUGAAAAUGUCUAUUUCAUUGGAGGGCUAUUUUUAGCCUAGUCUAUUUUACACACAAUACGAAGUGAAUUAGCGAAAGUGUUUUGGAGAUUGAUCGUAAUAGAAUUGAAAUAUACUCAGCGUCAUUAUAUUGAAUGGUCACCUAGGUAUAUCAGAUUGUCAAACAUUAACAUCUGCCAACUUGCAAAUAUGUGUCUAAUAAUCUAAGUCUAAUAAUGCACACUAAAGCUUUUGUUAUCAUACCUCCAUGUCAGAAUGACGAGAUCUGGUUGGUCGACGUGAUCUUAAUGAAAGACGAUGUAUCCCGCCUUGGAAGGAAAUAAUUUGUUCAGCGGCCGAAUAAAUCCCUUAUACCCCACUACGAGCAAUUCCUUUAAUAAAUAUAAACCCCUUUUCCCCGCUUCAAAGCAAAAAGCCCCACUUUUUCCCCCGAGUCAGUGUAGGUCAUGUGACAUAGUGCAUGUUAACCUCACCUCAACCGAACAGCUGUUUUCUUUCAGUUUUUUAAUUUGUUUGAAUUGUUUUACGAUGUCAUAUUAAAACAUGUCGGUGUUGCAGGAUCACUCGGGGUACAUGGCGGUUAUGCGCCCCCUGUAUUACCACUCUGUGUGAUCCUGCUUCAACGUAAUAUCCAACUUUUAAAAUUUGCAUAUGAACAACAAAUAUGUUGUCCAUUGUUUUCUCACUGAAAACGAUAUUUUAUUUUCUAAUUUAAUUAAGUUUGUCUCACCUGUCCUACACACCAUUCGGUGUCUAGUGCCUUUGCCAAAUAUAUUAAUACACGACGCAAUGUUUUAAAUUUUACAUAUUUAUACACAUUAACUAUGUUGUCUCACAUUGAUACGAUUUUCACUGAAAAUGAUAUUUUUAGUUUCAACGAACUGUG